AUGGCGUCCACACUUGACUUCACUACCUUCCACAAUGUUAUUGAUGGCAAGCUUGAAAACACGACCGAGAAGAGGACGACCACCAACCUUUCAAGUCUGGAGACUAACCCCGAAGUUCCCCUAAGCUCGCAGGUUGAUGUCGACAGGGCUAUUCAAGCGGCACAGAAAGCAUCAAAGCAAUGGGCCGCGGUGCCUUGGUCGGAGCGAAAGAAAGCUCUUGAGGAUUUUACUGCAGAAUUUGAGUCCCUUUCAGAGGAAUUUUCAAAGGCGUUGGUCUGGGAGCAUGGAAAGCCUCUCCUAUGGGCCAGAAAUGAGAUUGGAACGGCUCUGAAGUUCCUGAAGGGUUAUGCCACGUUAUCGCCACUCCCGGAAGAGACCAUCGAGGACAGCGCAGAGCGAAAAAUCACCACACACUAUGUGCCUGUUGGCAUUGCGGUCGGCAUCGUGCCUUGGAAUUACCCCAUCUAUUUGGCCAGUGCCAAGAUUGGACCUGCGCUACUAACUGGAAAUGCCUUCAUCUUAAAGGCUUCGCCCUUCACUCCUUAUACCAGUCUCAAGAUGGCCGAAUUGGCGCAGAAGUUCUUCCCUCCAGGAGUCUUCCAGGCUUUGAGUGGCGAUGAUAGCCUUGGUCCCAUGCUGACGUCUCACCCUGACGUCAACAUGGUCAGCUUCACAGGCUCUAUCCUGACGGGCAAAGCCAUCAUGAAGAGCUGCAGCGGAACACUGAAGCGUGUCGUUCUUGAGCUGGGUGGCAACGACCCUGCCAUUGUCUGCGCCGAUGCCGACCCGGUUUCCGCCGCAAUGAGAAUCGGUCUCUUUGCCUUCUGUAACUCGGGCCAGCUCUGCAUGUCCAUCAAGCGCAUCUAUGUUCACGAGUUUAUCUACGACCAGUUCCUAGGCGCCCUUGUCCAACACGCAGGAGCUCUUGGCGUCGGAGUUGGCGAGACCGACUUCCUUGGUCCCAUCGCAACUGAACCCCACUUCAAGCGAGUAGAAACUCUGCUCUCUGGCAUCAAGGAGGCCGGGUACACAGUUGUGGCAGGUGGCACAGAGCGGCUUGCUGAUAAGAAGGGAUUCUAUAUCCCCGCCACGAUUAUUGACAACCCCCCUGAAGAUUCUGCCAUCGUGAAGGAGGAGCAAUUCGCUCCUGUAAUUCCUGUCAUGAAAUGGUCCGAGGAGAGUGAUGUGAUACAGAGGGCCAACGGUACAGAUGCCGGCCUGGGCGCAUCCGUGUGGACUCGUGAUGACGAGCAAGCUACACGCAUCGCCAGCCAGCUACAAGCUGGCAAUGUAUGGAUCAAUACCCAUGCAGAAAUCGAACCAAAUACUCCUUUCUCAGGCCACAAGCAGAGUGGGCUGGGGGUGGAGCAUUCCGUAGCAGGUCUCAAGGCGUAUUGCAAUGUCCGAUCUGUUUUCCGAAAACCAUUUUAG